UUUAUCUUACAGAAAGUGGUACAAUUACAAACACUAGUGAAAUCCCAAGCACUGCUCUGGGGAAAGCAGUUGGCAGUGCCUGGAGCAGCUCAUGCGAACUUCACUUCCAUUGCUGUAUAUGUAGCAACCCUUGAUAGUCCUGUUACUCAUAAGUUGCAUUUUCCUACACGAGCUGUUAAUGUUCCUUCUUGGGUUUCUGAGAGAAUUGACAUCUGUACUGAUGGUACCACCAAACAAGUGUUUGGGAAUGGUUCUUUUAGCAUUGCUGUGAUAAUUUACAAGAAUUUGUCACAGUUCCUGCCAUUAAGAUAUGCUGCUAAGUUAAAGAACGAUGUGGAAGUGGAAUAUGAACUAAAUUCUCGAGUUGUAACUAUAGAGCUGGGAAUCAAUGGAAAAAGUAUAGAGCCUUCAUCAGGAACAUUUUGGGUUGACUUGGAGCUUGAUCAUUUAAUCCACGAUUACAAUCCAGAAGAGUGGAAUGUGUCGUGUGGUGUUGCGAAUUCUGUCACAUUUGAGCAUUCCUGGGAACUGGAGGGGUGCACUGCACAGACAACAGGAUUAAAUUCAACUAGAUGUAGGUGUUCCCAGUCAGGAACAUAUGCUAUUCUUUUAACUACACAACCUGUAAAGCCAGUUCCUGUUCAACCAAAUCGUUACCAUAUGAUUGUGGUAAUUGGUUGUACUUGUUGUCUUGUUCAGACAAUAGUGACUUUAAUAGUUCUCUUACCUUAUUGGUGGCAUCACAGAAACUGUUUGAUAUUUCUGAAACUGCAGUGUUGUACAGCCACUUCUGGAGCUAUGGGAAUUUUCAUUUAUGCUGUGCGAGACACAGUACCUAAGAAUUCUUUUCCAUAUGUUACAACUAGCCUGGAAGCUUUCUUACUAAUAGGAAUGUCUUCACACCUCAGUAAACUAUUAAUUGUUUAUACAGAAGUAGUGCAAAUCCCCAAAGUGAGACAUAUAAAACAAACUGUAGUCAGUAUUAUUACAGGUGUUCCUGUGUUAGCAAUAUUGUGUAAUCAUUUAGCUCACCAUUCAACUGGAUGGAAACUAACUUCAUGGUGGUUGGUUUGUGGCACAAUGAUAUUCAAUAUUUUUGUGGCAUCAGCAGUUAUCAUGCUGUUACUGUUCGUGUUCCUAUACUUCAGUGUUAUGCGAAAACUUCAUAUACUUUCUGGCAAGAAUACAGACAGCAACAAAGCUAUUAAGCGCAGGGUGGGCCUUCUUCAGAGAGCUGGUAUUAUAUUUGGGGUUAUGGUUGUGAUGGAAGCUUCCAGUAUUUUGUACAUUAAUGUUCCACAUUCAACUUGCCACUACAUUUUCAGCUUCACAAGUGCCUUAUUGGGUUUUAUCAUAUUUUUAUGUUAUAUUUUGAAAAGUGAAGCACCCCUCCACAUGCAAGUAUUGAGGAAAUUAAAGUUGGAUAACACCCCAGAUGAUGAUUUUAGCUCUGAAUCUGCCAAUAGUCCUCUCAGAUUCUUCACUAAACAAGACGGUGAUGCGGAGAGCGAGGGUCCUCCUCCAAGACCUAACAGUGCCUUAAGUCGGCGAGGCUCUCGAGGCACGGCUGAAGGCCAGCAGGGAGGGUUGGCAUCUGGUGAUGAGGAGGGAGAUGGUGAUCCCUCUGAAGGGUUGCUAUUGGUGGAAACUGGUCGCAGUUAUCGUUGGACACCGCCUUCUGACGGAGCACCCAGUACAGUGGAAACGUAUGUUCACAGCGCUGAUGGUUCAGCAGAAGAAUGUAGUAUGAGUUUGAAAAUGCAUAGAAACAUUAAAAGAAACGGCCAUACAGUUACGAAGACUGAAGACGUGGACUUGGAAAAUUACCACAAUAGCCCUCGUAAAUAUCAACAAGGUGUCACCAACAUAACCAAUCCUCAAAACUAUUCUGAGUAUGUUGAAAAAGAGGAACCUAGUGCUAAUGCAGGGAAUGACCAAUGGAAGUAUGUGAGAGGGUAUCGCACACUUCCCAUCCCUGUUCCUCGUCCAGAGCCUGGACAGUGCUUCAUUCGUGACACAACAACUCCACCUCUGCUUCCUCCACAGCAGGAAAUCAUGACCACAAGAGUGUGUGUGGAACUUGGAGUCAUUACAUCACAAAUAGGAGAGCAAGGAACUAGUGAAGAUGGGAGCGCUGCAAGUGGAGCUCCUGCUAUUGUUCUGUGUAAUGUAGAUGUAGAGCCAUGUCAUCGUAGCCUUUUGGAACUCACAGAAGUGACUGCCACUGUAGAAACAUGCCACAACCGAAAUCCCCAUACUGCAGUAGCAAGCAUAGCUCUCUCUGAUGAGGUCAAUUCUCCACCAGAGCUUAUUACAGAAAACGGUAAAAUGGCUCCAAACGAUAAAGAAAAGGUAAGCCCACCAGCGCCUGAACCAGUUAGGGAAGCUGUGCCUGAUAUUAUUGUUGGUGAAAGUGAUGACUCUAGGGAAAAAUCGCCUUCCUCCUCAACAGUAACAAAUGUAGAAAAGUCUGUUCCAAAGUUAAGUGUUGAAACUGUGAAAGAUGAAGACAACAUGGAAGGAAUGUUGAAUCGUAUAUCACAUGAUCUUGAUUACCUCUUAAACAGAAAACCUCACACAAGUAAUGGUAAUGUUCUUGCAACACCAUCCUUCAAUCGAAAGACAAGUAAACCUCCAUCCACUGCAAUUCAGAGUCAAAUUAAAGAGGAAGAAGAGGAUGAAGAGGACGUACAUAAAUAAAAUUGUCUACAUGAAAACAUUUUGUCUUUAUUAAUUGCACCAAAGUUCUAAAUUUAAACCUAGUAGAUGUGUGCAAAUUGCAUAUAUAAACAAUUACUAUUUACAUGUUUGAAGAGUGUAUAUAAUAAUUUUUGUCUAUUUGACUUACAAAGUAUUAUGAACAAAAUUUAGCGUUGUUACAGAGAAAUAAUAUUAUAUUUUUGUACCUGAAGUAUGUAGCUCAUGAAAAUUUGUGUGCUAUUGACUCAUUAUAUAUCAUGGUAGGAAAAAUUUGGUGUGCAAAUUUUUCCAUGUUCAGUAAAUUACAUCUGAAAAUCUGGAGUACACAUGAGAAACAUACAAUUUUUGUCUUCAAAAUAUUGUGUGAAGUAUUUAUUUAAAUGUUGAAAAUGCAUGUUAGCAUAAUUGUGAACAAAACAUUUUUGGUGUUAUGGUGUAGUAGUUUCCUACAGAUUAUAAAUGGCAUAUUCAAAGAAAUGUAAUACAUAAAACAAGGUUAAUCAUUCCCAUAAUAGAAGUGAUACGACUUGAUAUUUGUAAUUGAGCACAGUCAAUGAUAGUGAAAUGUCUACCCAGGAUAUAUUGUUAUCAUUGUUUAAUUUUAAUAGCACUUAAACUAAAAUAUGUAGCUUUUCAAUUACAUUGUGUUUUCAUUACAUUUGGACCUAAUCAUUACUGAAUUUUAUUCUUCUAACAUUAAACCUUCCUUUCUUACCCUACUUAUUUUCUUUGCUAAUCAUAUUUAGUAUUCAUUGCCAAUGCAAUAUUUUUUUUCCCCAAAAAAAUUAUGCAAGAUAUUCAUACAGUUUUUAAUAGAUUUCAUGAUGAUAGAUAAGUGGGCAGUAUUACAAUAAUAUGCAAUAAAUCAUUCAAUACACCAUUACUAUGGCCCUUAAUUUAUUUCUCUUCUAUUGAAUACACAAAUUUAGUACAGACCCCCACAAAAUCCAUAAUUGGAUACUAUUGCAUUACACAAGUACCUUCAUCAUUGGAUACUGGCAUUGCACAAAUAAUAGAUUAAACUCGGGUUAUUUGAUCCUUGAUCCUUUGGCAUGUGUAUGGCACAAUUUUAUUACAUUCAGUGGAGCAAGUAAUUGACUUACUAGUAUAUAAAAACUGUGCUGCUUGUGUUGUUAUAAAAUGCUGGUAUAUUAAAUUUCAUCCUGCUUAAUUUUGAGAAUAAGGAGGAGCUUUCUAAAAUAAUAUUAAUAGAGAAAUUUAAAAUGAGCACAGGAAUUUAUCAAUUUAUUAUCACGUAUUAUAUUGUAUUCCGAGAUGAAGACAAAAAUAGUUGUGGCAGAAUCUUCCGUCAAUGUGUUUGUUUGAACAAAAUAUCAAUUGUUUUAUAUUAAUAUGCUCCUCUUUAUUGGAAAAUAAAUCUUUCAGGGUCUUUCAUUUUGAAACUUGCUCAAUUAUGGAAUAUUAUUAGUCAAGAAAAUAUUAAGUUGAUUAGUUACAUUUCUUACUGUUCAUUUCUAUUAUGCAGAAAUGUUAAGAGUUAUAAAACUUAAAAAUUCUGCAGUUUAUAAAAAAAUUAUUCUAUAUUUUUUAUUGUGCAUCAAAUUAAUUGUAAUUGUUACCUUACAAAUGCAAUGCUUUUGAUCUUAGAAAACACAGUAAAAUACCAUUAAAAACCUUUUAAUUUUCCCUAUAUGUACUGUGAAAGUGUCUUAUAAAUGAAAAUAAUUAAAUCACUCUGUCUGUUAUAUGUAUCUGAAGGUAUUUUAUGUUACGUUCAAGAGAAUCUCAAAUGUAAUGAAAACCUCAUUGAGUUUUCUUUCAAGAAUUUUGUAUUCUAAUGACAUUACAGAGUAUAUGUAUGCAUUUCCAAUGUAAAUAAUGUGGAAAAUGAAACUAUCAUGCGGUUUGUUAUUUGUCAUAAAUCAAUUAUUAUUUGCAUAUUAAUAUAUACCUUUCAGCAGUUCAACUUUUAUUUGAAAUUCUUUUGACUUACACACAGCUGACAUUAUUGUAAAAUCCAAAUAGGUAUAUAUAAUGUUGUUUAGUGUUGUUCUUACAUUCUCAAGUCUACUAACAAUGCAAAAGGAAGUAAAAUAACUUUACAGCUUGACAAAAAUUGUAUGUUCUUAAAGUAUUCUAAAACGCCUUUCAUGUUCAUAAGUCAAUUUAUACAACUUAACAUUAUGAGAUGCAUUUUGGAUAUUCAUAAAACAUUUGACACAAUGCUGCCCGCAGUAGAGAUUUUAAGAAUUCAGUUCAGUAAAAUUCAGUUUUCUUGUGAUGAAUGAGUGUCAAUGGACUUUAAGACACUUCAUUUAGUAAUGUUGAGUUUUCUGCAAUUGUUAAUAUAUUUUCUUUCAUGACUUGCAACUUUUCAAUAUUUUGAAAUAUUGAAUUUAACAAUUAGCAAAGUCAUUUUAAAAAUAUUUGUUUAAGAUAUAAAAUAAUGUAAAAAUAAACACAAUAAUAUAAUUUUGAAUGAUUAUAAUUACAGUUGAUGUCUUGAAUGUAUUUAUUCUAUUACAUUAUCUAAUUUAUUUAUUUAUUUAUUUAAAUAUUUAUUGGCAUUGAAAUAUUUCUGUGUAGUU